UUUUUUUGUUGAAAUUUGUGCUGAGCUUUUUAUUUGUUCCAAUAUUCAUUGGCGAGAAAUUGACAACGACUUUGAUAGACACCCUACCUAUCCAUGACUGCAUUCCCGCCCGUAGACGUACAUAAACGGAAGUCUCAUCUCGUGUGUUGGCCAGUUGCCGCUAACGGCAGUGUGGCCGCCAUAUUGGAUGGGGCGGCUCUGCCCCAUAAGCUCAUGCAAGUCUGCGAGCUGAACUUCACGAAGCGAUUUUCACAUUACUAAUAGGAAAACAGCAGAUGAGUGCUGCUCUCCACCGGUCCCAAUGGAAAAUCCUGACUCCUGCCAGUGCGAAGACUUAAACAAGACCAAGACUUUUGGGAGUCGCUCCGGGACAAGACCAUCACCUUCAAAAUUGGAUCAUGCGAACUUUCCUCUCUCGACCUCGCCGUGACGCCGCCUGACACAUGAUGGGCUUCGGUCGGGAUCUGAGGAAUUCCCACGAGGGAUUACUCAAACUGCAGGAUUGGGAAUUAAAGCUGCUGGAGACGGUCAAGCGUUUCAUGACUCUGCGCGUGAAGAGCGACAAGGAGUACGCCGCCCUGCUGCUCAGCAUGACCCAGCAGAUGGAGAAACAGGAAGCGGCCGACUACGUCAGCACCGUCAGCAAGUCGUGGUCGCAGGUGGUGCGUCAGACGGAGGCGCUGGGUCGCGUCAUGAGGGGUCACGCCGACGACCUCAACUCGGGUCCGCUGCACCGCCUCGCCACGCUCAUCAGAGACAAGCAGCAGGUGAAGAAGAGCUACCAGAGUCUUCAUCAGCAGCUGGAGAGCCACAAGCACAAGGUGACCAGGAGUGACCUGGACAAGCUGAAGUCGACGUACCGCCAGCUGAGCCGAGACGCCAACAACGCCAAAGACAAAUACAGAGAAGCUCUCAGUAAAGGCCGCGAGGCGGAGCGAGCGCACGAGCGUUACGACAAAGCCACGGCCAAGCUACACAACCUGCACAACCAGUACGUGGUGACCGUGUGCGGCGCGCAAACGCAGCAGGAAGAACAUCGGCGCCGCGCCGCGCCCGCGCUGCUCGACGCGCUCCAAAGAAUGCAGGAGGACAUGACGCUCGCUCUGAAGAACAUUCUGGAGGAGUACUGCGAGAUCAGCAGUCUGCUGACUGAGGAGGUCGUCAAGGUCCAUCAAGAGAUUUCUGCGGCGGUUCAGCAGAUCGACCCGCUCGUGGAGUACCAGCACUUCAUCGACGCCUACAGGUCUCCGGAGACCCCCGAGCCCAGCGUGGAGUUUGACGCGUCCCUCUUGGAUGAGACGGACAACCUGUCGGCCAACGAGAUCCUCUGGAACACGCUGACGGCCGACGGUCUUCGGGCCAUGCUGUCGUCGGCCACGGAGGAGUUGGCGCUGACUCAGGAGAACCUGAGGACCAAAGAGGCCCUGGUGGACGACCUGGACGCCAAGAUCAACACCAGUCAGCAGAACGCCGACAGGAAGUCCGACUGCGUGCUCCUGCUCGGCCAGAAACUGUCCCUCCUGGAGCUGCGUCAAACCGUCCAAUCGCUGCGCGGCUCGGAGGCCCGCCUCUCCUCGCAGAAGGCCUUGUUGGACGCCAAGAUGGCGGCCGCCCCGUCGCCGCCGCCGCCGCCGCCUCCGCCGGCUCUGCCCUACGAGGACGACGCCCGCUCCGUGGGCUCCACCGAUAAAGGCAAGGAGAAGAGCUCUCGCUUGGACACGCUGCGCCACUCGCUGGCCGGGAUAAUCCGCUCGCCCAAAGCCGUGUUGGGCUCCUCGUCCUCGCACUUCUUCGACGUCAUCCCGUCGUCGGAGCGCCCCCUGGCGGAGCAGGAGUGGUACCACGGCGCCAUCCCCCGCACGGAGGCCCAGGAGCUGCUCCGGCAGCAGGGCGACUUCCUGGUGAGGGAGAGCCACGGCAAACCGGGCGAGUACGUCCUGUCCGUCUUCUCGGACGAGCAGCGGCGACACUUCAUCAUCCAGUUUGCCGACAGUCAGUACCGCUUCGAAGGGACGGGCUUCGCCACCAUCCCGCAGCUCAUCGAGCACCACUUCACCACCAAGCAGCUCAUCACCAAAAAGUCCGGCGUGGUGCUCCUCAACCCCGUCGUCAAGGACAAAAAGUGGAUCCUCAACCACGAGGACGUGGCGCUGGGCGAGCUGCUGGGCAAGGGGAACUUCGGCGAGGUGUUCAAGGGGACGUUGCUGCGCGACAAAACGCCGGUGGCCGUCAAAACCUGCAAAGAAGAUUUGCCGCCGGAACUGAAGAUCCGCUUCUUGUCGGAGGCCAGGAUCCUGAAACAGUACGACCACCCCAACAUCGUCAAGCUGAUCGGCGUGUGUACUCAGAGGCAGCCCAUUUACAUCGUCAUGGAGCUGGUUCCCGGCGGCGACUUCCUGUCCUUCCUGAGGAAGAAGAGGGACGAGCUGAAGACCAAGCAGCUGCUGCGCUUCGCCGCGGACGCGGCCGCCGGCAUGGCGUACUUGGAGAGUAAGAACUGCAUCCACAGGGACCUGGCGGCAAGGAACUGCCUGGUGGGCGAAGGCAGCCUGUUGAAGAUCAGCGAUUUCGGGAUGAGUCGUCAGGAAGACGACGGCGUUUAUUCCUCGUCCGGACUCAAGCAGAUUCCAAUUAAGUGGACCGCGCCGGAAGCUCUCAACUACGGCCGUUACACUUCGGAGAGCGACGUGUGGAGUUACGGCAUCCUCCUGUGGGAAACCUUCAGUCUGGGGGUGUGUCCUUACCCGGGGAUGACCAAUCAGCAAGCUCGUGAGCAGGUGGAGAAAGGUUACCGCAUGGCGUGCCCUCAGCGUUGCCCGGACGACGUGUACAAGGUGAUGCAGCGCUGUUGGCAGUACAGCCCGGACGAGCGACCCAAGUUCUCGGAACUGCAGCGGGACCUCGCCGCCGUCAAGAAGAAGUGACGGGGAGCGCGGACGGAUUUUUCUUUAAACACUAAAAAUGUUAACGGGCGGUCGCCGCCGCGUUAGCAUUGGACGUCGCUAGCUGCCUUAGUGUGUCGGAGACCGGGAAGCUUGUUGGUCAAAUAGGAAAUGAGUGCGUUCACUUCAAUAAAAUAAAAAGAAAAAUUUCAUAUCUUAUCCUGUAACCAUAGCGACAAGACUAACAUAUAUGUACAUUAUAUCUUUGACUUUUUAAUUGUAUUUAUACUUUUUAUUUCUCAACAAAUCCAGCCUCUUGAAACACUUUUUUUUUUUUUUAGACAAUAACUUAUUUAUUUGUGAACAGAUGGCGUCACAGGUCAAAGUUUACUUGUGUCCUGAGAGGGUGCUGAUUAUCUUUUAGCGCCACCUUCUGGUUCCUUUUUGUACAUGGGUCACAUUGAUAAGUACCAUUGAUGACCCCUUUUAUAAGAUAAUUCAUGCAUUUCUAAUGAAAAUAAAACACCACCAACAACA